CCGUAAAUGCGGUCUGGUUUGGUGCGGUUUGGCCGAACCUAAAUUAGACCGUGGUCUGAUUUAGUUGAAAAAUCACACUAAUAAUUUGACGUAUUAAAAAUAACUCAGACUAACCAAAACGCACCGCAAAUACCCCUGAACCCAGUGAUUAUCAGAAACGUAAACUUAUCACAUUAAUGUCACUGUAAUAUAAGUCAAGAUAUGCAUCCAUCACUCAUUUUCAUGUUAUAAAUUUGGGUCAGAAAAGUACAAGAGAACUCUUGAAUUGGUCGGCUACGUUGAGCGGUUGAGGACAAUAUAGAAAUGUUAAUAUUCAACUCUUCCUGCCUACCCUACACUUCCCUACCCUAGGUACAUAUUUCAGCCCCAUUUCCUUCCUAUAUAUAUAUAGACAUAGAGGACACGGACCCUCUGAGUUCCAACAUCGAUCCCAGAAGAUCAAUAUCUCACCACCAAGCGGAGUACGUACUUGGAAACGAUAUUCCACAAUGGUGAGUUCAACAGUUAUAGUGAUACCCAACGAAGAAGAUGAAGGGUGCAACAACAUUAAGCAGAGAUCAAUGCCAAGGCCACGGCCACGGCAACGGCAUGCAAAACUCAUUCAUAGUGCCAAAGUUGGAUCGGCACUGCUCCUGGCUUCGCUUCUGCUCUAUCUCCUCGACCCUGUCUACACCCGUUUUCGAGACCGUUCCAUGUGGGCACUCAUUACCAUCGUCGUCAUCUUCGAGCUUUCUGCAGGUGCCACGCUUGAGAAGGGCUUGAAUCGACUGGCGGGAACGGUACUAGGCGGCGGUCUGGGAUCUCUGGCGGCCAUUCUCGCCGACGAAGCCGGUGGCAAUGUUGGCAAUGCCAUUGUUACGGCCACUUCUGUCUUCAUCUUCGGUGCAGUGGUAUCGUACUGUCGAAUGGCGCCGAGCAUUAAGAGGCGAUACGACUACGGAGCCACGAUUGCCAUUCUGACCUUCAACUUGGCUGUGGUGGCCGGGAUUCGCACCAAUCAGGUCAUUGAAAUAGCCCGCGAUCGCCUCUCAACCGUCGCCAUCGGCUUAGCCGUCUGUAUUGCCACAAGCUUACUUGUCUUCCCCAUCUGGUCCAGCGACGAGCUUCAUUACUCCACUGCGGCUAACUUUGAGAAGCUCGGCCACUGUAUUCAAGAAUGCUUGGAGGAGUACUUCCAUGUGAUGGACGAAGAUGGAAUUACCAGUUGCCAAUCAGUGAUGUAUUCCAAGUCCAAGGACGAGUCCCUGGCAAAUUUUGCAAGAUUGGAGCCAUGGCAUGGAAAGUUUGGGUUUUCCCAUCCUUGGGAUAAACACUUACAAAUUGGGGGUCGUAUUCGAGAGCUUGCUGCUAUUGUUAUCACACUCAGAAAAUGUCUUCGGUCUUUCAAACAGCCCUCAUCAAGGUCAAGAGAGUGGAUGAAGGAGCCAUGCGGAGCAGUUGGAAGUGCCAUGGCGAGCAUCAUGGGAGAGCUUGGAGAGAGUGUUAGGAAGAUGGAGAGGUGCAAAGCCCAGCAUCUGAUCAAUGCUUCCAAGUUGCAGUCCAUCAAAGUGGAGCUAAUUGCCCUCACUGCAAUGGUCGCUUCUUCUUCUGUUCCUGAUUGCUGCAAGCUUCAAGAAGAAGAAGCAGCAGCAGCAUCAGAUGAUCAGAAGAAUGGCAGUGCUGAAGGCAUUGCCAUGGCCGCCAGCUUCCUGUUCUUGUUGCUGCAGAUUGCUGAAAAGAUGGAGGUGCUGGCCAAAGAUGUGGAGGAGCUUGGGGAACUUGCUGGCUUUCGAACUUGAGGGCGGGCCUUAAUAGCAAUGGUAAACUUUCUCUCGUGUGAUGUCACGAGUUAGAGUCGUGAAAACCGAGACGAAAAAAAAGCAAGGGGAAGAGUUUGUGAGAAUUUGGGCAACUUUCCAGCUUUCUAACUUAGUCAAGUAGCAAAGGGUGCACUGAGGUGUGGUAGCAAAAGAGAGGUAGAAGACUUGGGGAGCUUUGUCUCCAAAAAAAAAAAAAAAAAAAGGUUUAGACAAUAUUUAUUUAUUAUAUUUUGGUUUUAGUUUUAUAGUAUUUUUAUUUGGCGAUGUAGUGUUACA